AUGCGAUGGAUCGAUACACGCCGAGACGGAUCCGUUAGACACGUGCUCAGACGAGCUCUAUGCCCGGCGCCUAUACACCUCCACCUCGUCCUCAUCGUCGCCGCCGUCCCACUCAGACCGUCCUGCCGUCAGACGCCGCGGGCCCCCGGCCCCAGCGCGCCCCACGGCCGGGACUCUGACUUGCUCCGCCCCUCUCCCCCCCACCAGCUGCUGGCUUGGCCUGCCCCUCGGCCCGGUCGUCGGCCGGCCGGAGCCCGCGGCAGCCGGUCCGUGCCGGCCUACCGGCCGUCCGGUGGCCGGACGGCCCCGAGGCCCGACGGCCUGACGGGGGACCAAUCAGACGAGACGGGUGCGCCGGGCUUCGCGUGGCCCACUCGACAGCGCAGGCAGCCCGAGGCAGGCGCGCAGGAGGUCGUGACGAGCGGAAAAAUGCGAGCCUGCGGCAAGAAGUGGACUCUCAGUCUGACCACCAGCUGCUCGGCCUGCCUGGGCCUCGUCCUCCUGCUCGUCGCGCUCAUCACUGACUGCUGGCUCUACACGGUGGAGCGGGAAUCGAGCGAAACGGACAAUGGCACCUCCCUAAUCAUCGUCCACUCGGGCCUCUGGAGGUACUGUCAGAAGCGCGAGUUCUUGCCUGGAGUGUCGAAAAGAGCAAAAUGGGAUGAAGACUGGCGUAAGAGUUACGGCCUUGACUGUUUCUCAUUUUUAGACAAAUACAGUAUCGAGGAAAGAAGGGAGCACAAAUCACCUUUAAGGCCGAGGGUCGAACUAGCCGUCUCGUCUCAUCCGCGCUCCGGCGGGAUUCGAAUCGUGGACGAGUGUGCCGAGAGGCAGACAAAUUUGUUACCAAUUUAG